AUGGCUUUCACCAUCACCGCUUCCCUCGUCGCCAUCGGCCUCGCUGCCUUCGCUAAGGCGCAGUCCAGCACUGUUGAGGCGUACAUCUCUUCGGAGUCGCCCAUCGCGCAGGCUGGCAUUUUGGCGGCCAUUGGCCCCGACGGCGAGAACUCUGGCGGUGCUGCUGCUGGCGUCAUUGUCGCCUCUCCCUCCGAUUCGGACCCCGACUACCUGUACACCUGGACGCGCGACGCCGCGUUGGUCUCGCGGGUCCUCGUUGACCAGUUCACUCAGGGCGGCGACUCGAGCUUGCAGAGCGUCAUCGAGUCGUAUGUGUCUGCUCAGGACACCCUCCAGCACCUCGACAACCCCUCCGGUGGCUACGACUCUGGAGGGCUCGGCGAGCCCAAGUUCAACAUUGACCUGACGGCCUUCACGGACGCUUGGGGGCGCCCUCAGACUGAUGGUCCCGCGCUCCGCGCUCUUACGCUCAUCACGUACGGUAACUCUCUACAGAGCGGUGACAACUCGUCCUAUGUUACGGACACCCUCUGGCCGAUCAUCAAGGCCGACCUGGACUACGUCGUCCAGUACUGGAACCAGCAGACCUUCGAUCUGUGGGAGGAGGUCCAGUCCUCGGGCUCGUUCUUCACGACCGUCGUCCAGCACGCCGCGCUCCGCCAGGGCGUCAGCUUCGCGAGCGCUGUUGGGGACGAUGGCCCGUCCUACAGCUCCGCGGCCGAUAGCGUCCUAUGCACCGCGCAGUCGUUCUGGAACGAGGACGGCGGCUACUUUAAUGCGAACCAGGGCGGCGGCCGCUCCGGCAUCGAUAACAACGCCGUGCUCGCGAGCAUCCACACCUUCGACGUCGAGGCGGGCUGCGAUUCGAACACCUUCCAGCCGUGCUCUGACCGCGCGCUGUCCAACCUGAAGGUGUACGUCGACUCGUUUCGCGGUCUCUACAGCAUCAACCCGACCGGCGACACGGACGCUAUCCUCACUGGCCGCUACAAGGAGGACUCGUACCAGGGCGGCAACCCCUGGUACCUCAACACCUUCGCCGUCGCCGAGCAGCUCUAUGACGCGCUCACGACCUGGGACCAGGUCGGCUCGAUCGACGUCACGUCCACCUCGCUCGCCUUCUUCCAGCAGUUCUCCGACUCCAUCGCCGAGGGCUCGUACGACUCGAGCUCGGACGAGUACAGCACGCUCACGUCGGCGAUCCACGACUGGGCGGACGGCUUCAUCGAGAUCAUCGCGAACUACACGCCGAGCGACGGCUCGCUCGCGGAGCAGAUCAAGAAGGACAGCGGCGAGCCGGCGAGCGCGCUGGACCUGACUUGGAGCUAUGCGUCGGCAGUCACGGCGUUCAACGCGCGCGAUGGGUUCGUGCCUGCCAGCUGGGGCGCCGCCAAUGUGACUGCCAGCUGUUAA